UUUCCAGCGACCCAGCGUCGACUGCCUCCCCAGUCCGACUCCGACCGCACCAACAGACCUUCCUCCCCUCCCGUUGCCUUCGGUGACUCCAAGUUCGCAUCUGCUCCUCCACUCCACUCCACUCCGCUCCUGAGGCGACCGCAAUCCCGCCUCGCUUCCUCAAACCCUAGCGCCCCGCUCGCCCGCGUCGCUGCCGCCCCGGAUCAAGCCCGAACAGCGCCCGAGCGAGCGUCUCCCACCCGGAUUCGAGCGGCGGCGGCGGCGGGAUGGGGUCCGACUCCAAGGAGCUGCUCGGAAUCGAGCCCCUCGAGCUCCGGUUCCCAUUCGAGACAAAGAAGCAGAUCUCAUGCUCUAUGCAGCUAACGAACAGAACGGAUGACUACAUCGGCUUCAAGGUUAAGACGACGAGCCCGAAGAAGUACUGCGUCCGACCAAACAGCGGCAUUGUGCCACCACGGUCCACCAGUGAUGUCAUUGUUUCAAUGCAAGCGCAAAAGGAGGCACCACCGGACAUGCAAUGCAAGGACAAGUUUCUCGUGCAAAGUGUCAUUGUGGCUGAAGGCACAUCAGCAAAGGACAUAACUGGAGAUAUGUUUACCAAAGGAUCAGGUAAUGUGGUGAAUGAGGUGAAGUUGAGGGUUGUCUACGUCCCACCACCCAAACCGCCAUCCCCGGUGCGUGAGGGAUCUGAAGAAGGCUCAUCACCUAGACAUUCAUUGUCUGAUGGAAGCAACUUGAAUUAUCAAGAGGUGAGAUCUGCAAAUAUUACUGCUUGGUUCAAUUCCCAAGAGAUGCAGACAAGGGAAUCAGAUGAUCCACCAUCCUUGGCUGCUGUAAAAGCUCAAAAAGACCAAGAAGGCUUUACCUCUGAGACAUCUGCUUUGAUUUCAAAGUUGACAGAAGAGAGGAACUCUGCCAUUCAGCAGAACAAUAAGCUUCGACAGGAGCUGGACCUUGUAAGGAGGGACCUCAGCAAGCAGAACGGCGGUUUCUCAUUUGCGGUCGUGGCGGCCAUUGCUCUCCUAGGGAUUCUGCUAGGGUUUAUCAUGAAGCGAUAGAUGAGCUGGUGUUAAUCUGCAUCUUCUUAGACCGCUUCCCUCGUGAGAUUGUAUUCUGCCCAAUGCAUAUUCACAUGUACUACAGUGCUACUCCAUAGCAUAUUCGGGAUCUGGUGAAUUCAGUAGUUGCGUUCACGUUCAAAAAUUCAGCAAUUGCGUGCGUAGCGGCUACCUCACACAGGCAACAAGCCUGUCUCCUUUGUCUUGUGUUAGCUCUUAUGUCAGCUUGUGCAACUAAGAUACUGUGUAACUAUUGAUAUUUUUGUGGGCAGCUGUUGACAAAUCCUUCUGGUGUGUUAA